GUCAGGCCCUAGGAAGGCGAGGUCCGGGCUGCAUGCAGAGCUGAGAGCUGAGGACUCCCAUCUCCAGCCUGCCCGGGUGAAGCGCGGCCUGGGGUGUGCUGGCUGCCGUCAUGCCCUCUGUGUCUCCAGCGGGGCCCUCGGCCGGGGCAGUCCCCAAUGCCACCACAGUGACAACAGUGUGGACCAAUGCCAGCGGGCUGGAGGUGCCCCUGUUCCACCUGUUUGCCCGGCUGGACGAGGAGCUGCAUGGCGCCUUCCCAGGCCUGUGGCUGGCGCUGAUGGCGGUGCACGGAGCCAUCUUCCUGGUGGGGCUGGUGCUCAACGGGCUGGCGCUGUACGUCUUCUGUUGCCGCACCCGGGCCAAGACACCCUCAGUCAUCUACACCAUCAACCUGGUGGUGACCGAUCUGCUGGUAGGGCUGUCCCUGCCCACGCGCUUCGCUGUGUACUACGGCGCCAGGGGCUGCCUGCACUGCGCCUUCCCGCACGUCCUCGGUUACUUCCUCAACAUGCACUGCUCCAUCCUCUUCCUCACCUGCAUCUGCGUGGACCGCUACCUGGCCAUUGUGCGGCCCGAAGGCUCCCGCCGCUGCCGCCAGCCUGCCUGUGCCAGGGCCGUGUGCGCCUUCGUGUGGCUGGCCGCCGGUGCUGUGACCCUGUCGGUGCUGGGCGUGACAGGCAGCCGGCCCUGCUGCCGUGUCUUUGCGCUGACCGUCCUGGAGUUCCUGCUGCCUCUGCUGGUCAUCAGCGUGUUCACCGGCCGCAUCAUGUGUGCACUGUCGCGGCCAGGUCUGCUCCGCCAGGGUCGCCAGCGCCGCGUGCGGGCCAUGCAGCUGCUGCUCACGGUGCUCAUCAUCUUUCUCAUCUGCUUCACGCCCUUCCAUGCCCGCCAGGUGGCCGUGGCGCUGUGGCCCGACAUGCCACACCACGUGAGCCUCGUGGUCUAUCACGUGGCCGUGACCCUCAGCAGCCUCAACAGCUGCAUGGACCCCAUCGUCUACUGCUUCGUCACCAGUGGCUUCCAGGCCACCGUCCGAGGCCUCUUCGGCCAGCACAGAGGAGAGUGUGAGCCCAGCAGCGGUGACGUGGUCAGCAUGCACAGGAGCUCCAAGGGCUCAGGCCGUCCUCACAUCCUCAGCGCCAGCCCUCACGCCCUCACCCAGGCCCUGGCUAAUGGGCCCGAGGCUUAGUCAGCAGGGCUCUGCCAGGGGCUGAAGGUCAGGCCUCAUCUGGGCAUGCCAGCGUGGAUACCCACCAUGCCAGGGGUGGCAAUCGGUUUCAUCUCGAUUGAUUGGUGAUGGCUACCCAGAGCACAGCAUUGAGAGUCUAAGGCCACUGUGCUGUGGUUGAUUAGCAAUGUCUGCCACUGACUCCAGAUGGGAUGUGGUGGCCUGAAUGCCAGUGAUUUGCUGUUCCUGGGGUAUAGCGCAUCCACUGAAAACUCACAAGGGUAGCCAGGAGCUGCUCCUCACUUUGGCCAGUUUGUCUCCAGAAGGAGUUCCUCAGAAAAAAGGACGAGGUGGAUUCCAUUGAUUAGAAGGAUGAGAUGAAAAAGAAAAAAGAAAAAAGGACAAAGAUUAUUUAAGUGCUGGGAAUUCCCAAGAGAGUUAAGAAACAAUCUGAAUUCCCAAGAGAGUUAACAACAACAAUGCUCCCU